GUGUUUUUUUUUUGGGGAAAGACAAACGCAAAAUUAUGUGUCGCUGAUACGCAAAGCGCAAUAGCUGAUAGACGCUUACAAUGCUGCACUCGUGAAAUAUAACAAAAACCUAUCAAUAUCCAUUGAUAAUCCGCGAAAUCUGUACAAUUUAGAUACCCAAAGGAGAGGGAGAGCGAAAGAGAGAGAGAGAGAGGGAGAAUCAGAGUGAGAGAAUAGAAAGCUUUAACAAUGUGCGACAAUGACGGUGAAAUUUGUGAGUCAGCCGUGCAGGCAUCGCCGGCAAAGGCACAACUGACAAUUGCCGCCACCCAAACGGAUGCCCAAUUCCAGGAUCUGAAACAACAACACCAACAACAACACACGAGAAAUGGAACACAGCAAACGCAUUGCAUGCGCUCCAACGUUCCAGAUAUACUGGAAAUCGAUCAAUGGCAUGUGGAAGAAGUGGAGCUUUGGGUCUGCAGCAACAUGGAGCACUUUUCCACGGAGCUGCUCGACUGUUUGCGUCAUGAGGCAAUCGAUGGCCAAGUGUUGCUGGCGCUAACCGAACGCGAUGUUUGCGAUAUGCGCUAUAAGCUCAACUACAAACUCACCAUUGGAGAGAUGAAAAAGUUCUGGCUAACGGUAUUUGAGCUGCAGCUGCACUGGAAGCAGGAUAAACGGCAACAGCAAGAACAGCAAGAGCUUCAGCAACAAGACUAUUAUCAGAAGUCGACGCAUGGACACCCAAUUAAUCAUAAUUCGGAGCCACAUGCUUUGCACUCAUUUGCCACAGUUGGUGGCAACUGUUGCCUGCCACUGUUGCAGGCUGCUGUCGAUCCAUGUCCCUGUCCAUCAGCCGCCGUCGAUUAUACGAGCAUUGUCAACGAGGGCGACUCAUUCCGGCAGAAGGGCAAACGUUGCGUUGCCCCCGAAUAUUUUAAGACCGCAAUAAGUUUAGGGUAUUCGUUUAUGGUUACAUGGAUAACAUCGUUUGUGAUGGUGAUUGUGCAUGAGCGUGUGCCCGAUAUGAAACGAUAUCCACCGUUACCCGAUAUCUUUCUUGAUAAUGUGCCUCACAUCCCGUGGGCAUUUAAUAUGUGCGAAAUAACGGGAUCGCUGCUGUUCUCCGUGUGGUUCUUUGUGCUCAUCUUUCACAAGUAUCGAAUGGUGUUGUUGCGUCGCUUCUUUGCACUGGCCGGCACCGUUUUUCUGCUGCGCUGUGUGACCAUGCUAAUCACAUCGCUCAGUGUGCCCGGCACCCAUUUGCAGUGUAAUCAGAAAGAUUUUGCCAUAGAUGAUCCGAAUGUGGAUGUAUUUGGCGCAUUGGUUAUACGGAUGACGCGUGCCUAUCGAAUCUGGAGCGGACUGGGCAUGUCCAUACAGGGUGUGCGCACGUGUGGCGAUUAUAUGUUUAGCGGUCAUACUGUCGCCCUAACGCUGCUUAACUUUUUCAUCACGGAAUAUACGCCACGGAAUCUUUACUUUCUGCACACGUUGACCUGGCUGUUGAACAUGUUUGGCAUCUUCUUUAUACUGGCUGCCCAUGAGCAUUAUUCGAUCGAUGUCUUUGUUGCGUUCUAUAUAACAUCCCGUCUGUUUCUGUACUAUCAUACACUGGCCAACAAUCGGGCUCUCAUGCAAAGCGAUUCGACACGCACCCGCAUCUGGUUUCCGAUGUUCAGUUAUUUUGAGAAUUCGGUGGAUGGCAUCAUACCCAAUGAGUUUGAUACGCCUGGCUCACUUAUUGAUGCGCUGCUGCAACAGUUAGUCCGUUUCAAGGACGAAAUCCGCUCAAUCUUUCAAAGCUUUUGGUUGUCGAAGAUUGCGUUUGCGUCGGGCAAAUCAUCGUGGUUCAUGUUUGGCAACUCCGAGUUGGACUCACGAAAUCAUAUGCAUACAAGUGUCUCCAAUUAUUUGUCACCGACGCAAUCGCUGCUCAGCACAAUAGCGUCUCCUUCAGUGCCGCAGCAGCAGCAGAAGGGGACAUCGAUUGAUGCCGGCGUCAAUCCUUUUGCCGAUGGUGGCGUUGCGGCGGAAACGCUGAUAAAUAAUGAUUUGAGAACACCUUUGACGGAGAAGAAGGUGCUGUGAUUGAUUUUGCUGAUUGUCGAGUCUUCCAAAACAGGAUUCAAAAUUCUUAUUUCUUUAUCGUCGUUCUUCAAAAAGAGAUUACGGAAAAACAAAAACACAAAAACAAACACACACCGACUGAUAAUUUUUACAUGAAUUGUUAUUUGAAUACUUUUCUCACAUGCAGCAGCAGCAGCACCUGUAUAUCUGUAUUAUCUACUAUAAUAACACACUCGUAGUGCCUUCCGGGUAGUCUCAACUCUGCACAGCAAGCCCUCACUUCUCUUUAGGUAAAUAACAUAUUUGAUUUAAAAACAUUGAAUUAAUAUAUAUACAUAUUUUUAUAUAUAUAU